AUGGCGCAGAUUAUUAGGGCUGCUACACCUCCCACCACUCCGCCGAUUAGGGCACCUCGGUUGGGUGCGGCCCCUGAAUUGCUGGAUUCUGAUGACGGCGAUGCAGUACUUGCAUGGCUCCCACCUAGGACAGAGGACAACGCGGUCACAUGGGUGGCUUCUAACGUUGUCGAUGUUGUAGCUGUCGCUGUUGUUGUGGGAGUAUCUGAAGCAGUCUGCGUCUCUGAAGUUGUGGUUGUGUCGAAACUUGUAGAUGAAGUCGACAAUGAGACCGUUAAUGGCCUUUGUGAUGAUAAUGAAAUAGACGAAUCAGUCGACGAGGUAGUUGAUAAGGAUGUCCUGCUUGACGAGAGAAGCGGAAUCCCUAUUCUAGCCGUGAUUGCUGUCAAACCCGCCACCGAUGUAGCCUCAGGGACAGAAGUGCUCAAAGCAUCAUCUCCAUUAUUAUCUGGACAAACGCCGCUCGUACACGGGUCACUGGAGCAGCAUCCACGAAAGUUACCUGCAGUGCAGACAUACCACUGCUUGCUUCCCGUGCAGCUAACAGCUGCACGGGGAAACAGAUCGUUAACGUCCAACGACAUUAUAGAGAUGAUUUGGUGUUCAAGGUAUCGAGAGAUCUCGGAUCAAAGCGAUGAACUCGUCGUGUAUGCCAACUAG